AUCCUAUUGAUUUUAUCCCGCCUCUAAUUAAAUACUAUUUGGGCGGACUAUUGUAAACAAUGUCAAAUAAAGUGGAUAAACUGCACAAACAGGCUUUACGGGAGCAUCAGAAUCGUAUAAAACCGGGAGAAUGCAUGAAAUAUAUACGAAUGAUUAUAGAUGCCGGUUUUCUGGGCAUUCCCGUGGGUCAGGAGAUGCUCCAACUAUUGAAUGGCACCGACUUGAAAUAUGAAAUUAGGAGUUUGCCUGUAAGCUUUUGCAUUUUGUGGGAACGCAAUGUUGGACAGCAGACCAUUGCUUUGGAAAACAGUCCUACCGGCCUAGACGAAGCCUGGAAACAGGAAAAUCAAGUGGUCCAAUGGCUUUCUGAAUUCAAUUUCCAAAAGGCCGUUAAGGAUCAAAGUCUUGUUUGUUUGGGACCCCGGCUACAGGCCUCAUUUCCGGAUUGUCAAUACACAGUGGCAUUACCAAAAGUGCGACACGGCAAGCACAGCAGUUCAGUCGGCCAGGAUGCUUUGAUAGAGAUGCAGUUGCUUCAGGAGCUUCAUAUAGAGCAAAUGAAUCGUCCCGAAAGUCAUGAUCUGGUGGCAAUGCUCAAGCGUUACACAAAAGCCAUAGCUGAAGCACCAUACAAAAAACAACGAAACGAAACGCUGAAUUGCUUUAAAAAGUAUCUGGCCAACGAUAAGAAACAGUGCGUACGAGUAGAUCAGGGAAAUGGAUACGGACGUCUCUGGCAGCAGCAUCUAAAUCGAUUGCCAUUGGUCACUUUAGAGGUGGCCGAGUCAAUCAUAGCCCAGUAUCCCUGCCCCAAGAAACUUGUUGAACAUUUUUCCAAUGACCCUACAGCUGUGCAAAGUCUUUCCGACUUAAAGAUAAAACGAUGCAAUGGACCUCUACCUCUUCACACAGAACGACGUAUCGGAAACGUUCUCAGUAACAAACUCUAUACGCUCUAUAACGCUAAGGAUCCAAAUACUCUAAUUUAGUUUAUAAAAUCUAAAAUCAUCACAAUAAAAAGUUAAAAUCGCAUUAAU